AUGUCGGGUAACUGUGGAUUUGGAACUCCAUCUGGUCAUAAUGAAGGAGACGCAAAAUGGCCUCCUGAAAAUGAGGUUGUCUUUGUGAAUAUUUUGUUGGAUGAAGUGCUGUUGAGAAACCGUGUAACCAGAAAAUUCACCCCCAGACAAUGGUCGACCAUUCUUAGGAAGUUGACCGAGCAGUGUCCAAUCUUCUACCCUUAUAAAAUUAAGCAGCUGCUGAGCAAGUGCCAGCGAUUGAAAGUAUAUUGGAAAAGGUUCCACACACUCCUGACGAAAGCAACUGGAUUGUCAUGGGAUCCCGACAAGAAAGUUAUUAAGGGCAGCGAGGAGGCUUGGGGACUUUGGACAACUGCACACCGAAAGGAUCAUGACUUGGAGAACAGGCAAUGCGUUCACUACGAGGCAUUGACUACUAUUUUCCACGGGACGAUGGCUACGGGGUCGAAUGCAAGGGCAUCGACUCAAAGGGUGCCCGAGGAACGAAGCAUGGGCGGUCAGGCAACUGAGAAUUUCACCUCUGAUUUAUUUUCCGAGCAAGAUGACGAGCCAAUGGUGACCCCGAUGUCUCGUGGACGCCAUGGUAGGCAGAAUCGGUGCGUUCAUCAAAGGAGAGGCGUCGGGUCUAGUUUCGACACAGCCAUGCAUUCAUGGUCCGACUUGAACGUAUCCCUUAGAGAAAAGAACAAUAAGCCAACCACCAUGGAACAAGCUACGUGCACCCUUCAAGGAAUGUCGGAUAUGGACAAGGGACUUUUCUAA